GUCCAAAACAAACUAAGGAAGUCCAAAACUAAUCCAACAUUUCAAAACCUCUUCAGCAUUCAGAUAACUACAAACGCAUCCGUAUAUAAACCUCAGCUCAAAUCUCCCACCAAACUCAUAAAGGAUAUCUCCAGGAAAGCGAUCUUUUGUCAAAGAACAAUGAAUCAUGACAGCUUGUCCAGUCCAAUUUUGACCCACUCAUCGUCUUCCCCCAUGAUUCCUGGUUGGAAUCGCUACGAGGAUAAGCGCUUCGAGGAAGCACUGAUUCUGUUUCCGGAGAAUUCUCCUGAUCGGUGGCAAAAAAUCGCUGAUCAUAUAGGAAAAUCGGUGCAAGAAGUGACAGAGCAUUACGAUGUUCUGGUUCAUGAUAUUGCCGAAAUUGAAUCGGGGCGCGUAAAGUUACCAGAUUACAGCGAUGAUUUUAUUGACUCGAGUUGGGACUCGGACAUGGCAGCGUCGAUUUCAUUUGGCAAGAAAACAAAGCUGGGCGAGGCCGAAAGAAAGAAAGGAACACCGUGGACGGAAGAAGAACACAGGAAAUUUUUAAUUGGACUCAGAAGAUUUGGCAAGGGUGAUUGGAGAAGCAUUUCAAGGAAUGUGGUGGUGACAAGAACACCAACACAGGUAGCUAGUCAUGCCCAGAAGUACUUUCUUCGGCAGAAUGCCGUGAAGAAAGAGAGGAAGAGGUCUAGCAUCCAUGAUAUUACCACUGUCGAUAGCAACUUAGUUCCUGUGCCAGCUAAUAAAAAUUGGAACCCUCCUUUAGGCGCCCCUGCUAACCAGCCCUCUGUUUUGCAAGAGAUGCCCCAAGCAGAUCAUUUACCUAAUCAGGAACACCCAAUGGGAUACCAAAACUAUGGCUUCCCUAUGUAAAGAUUCAUAGUAACAAAGUAAUCUGCAUGUAUUGCUGCAGCUUGCUUGACGUCCAAUUUGUAUAUAGUCUAUUCAUGUUCUUUUAGCUACAGGUGAUUAGGAUUAGGAACAUAGUGAAGUGCACUUGAUGGCACGGACUUUGAAAUUUCUUUGAAAUCUAGAAAGUAAAUAGGAUAGUCAGUUUAUAUGCUGAAAUUUUAGGAAUUAAAUUCAAUUUAAUUGCAAAUUAAAUAUUUAUUCUGCUUUUUGAUUGUGUA